UCACAAUCCGCGCUCAUGGAGGGGCCGCUCUCACCAUUUCUGCCCUGCCCGACUCCCCCCCGCUCCGCCGCCGCCGUCGCCUGCUGAGGCUCGUUGCAGAGCCCGCCGCUCUGUGACUCUGCCACGCCGUCGCCGCCCGCAGCACCAGCCCCUAGACUGCGCGCCAGCACCAAAACAAAGCACGGCGACGAUAUCGCGACACAGCGCCGCCAUCAUCGCGCGGCCGUGAACACCCUCCCCCCCCCGACUCCAGCGCGCCGCCUCGCUCUGCUCCAAUGCCCGGCUGACCUCAUGCCCGCCUCGCCGCUGCCCACUGACCCGGACGACUCGGCCGCUCCGAAGAAGCAUGGCUCGCCGGGCAAGAAGACGGGCGCUGCGGGCAAGCAGAACAACAUGGACGGCAAAGACUUUGCCAAAGCCAUCGGCAUCAACAAGCCCGCCAACGUGCGCGACAAGAUCAAGCGCUGGCAGCACACGGUCGAGCCCGACGAGGGUGGAGUAGACAAGGCAGGCACAGACAAGACGGGCGCAGACAAGGCAGGCGCGGACAAGGCCGUCGCGUCCGCCCUCAACACGCUCGCCCGGCCCGCCUCGUCGCCCAAGCUGCAGUCGACGACGCCCAAGGCGAAGCUCUUCGACGACAAGCCCAACUGGAAGCCCGCACACAAAGCCGCCAAAUCCGUCGACGCCAGCCCCGAGCGCCCCAAGACGGCGAAGCAGGCGUCGCUCAUCGCCAACCCGCUCGACGACGACGUCCUCACCGCCACCGCCCCGAAGAAGCGCGUCAUCAGCGACUCCCACUGGCGCGCGAAGCCCGCAGCCCCCAAAGACACGGGCCGGCCCCUACCCAAGACCAUCCCCAAUGCCUGGGUGCGCCCCUCGAAGAUUGUCAAGCUGGACAAGCCCGAGAACGAGGAGCCCCCGAAGGAGCAGCCCAAGGCCCCGCCGCCCGUCGCCCUGAAGCCGCUCGUCACCUACAUCGGCAGGAGCACGGGGCAGACCAAGCCUCCGCCCAAGCCGCGCAUCCCGCCAAAGCCACCCAGUCUGACCAAGCAGGAGCGCCCGAGCAGUAGCGGGUCGAGCAACGCAAAGGAUGGCAAGAGCGAGAACAGCGCCCUGGCGCCACCAUCACCUCAGCCCGAGAAGGAAAAGACCGAGAUGGUCAAGAUGCGCCGCAGCAGACGUCGACCCCAGACAUCUCACCUCGCAUCCAAGUCAGCUGACGAUGUCUCCAUGUUCAAGCACCAGGCACGCCGGUCAGACACAUCGCUCAGCGACGAUGCACAGAACAUCAUCACAGUCGAGUACGACGAGAGCCACGUCACAUCGCCCCCAGCAAGUCAAAUCACAUCGCCGCGAGAGGGACGCAUCACAUCUCCACGCGACAGCCAAAUCACAUCCCCUCGAGAUGACGAGCUGCGGGAGAGGCGGCGCAGGCGACGUCCCAAGAGCAUGGGCGACAGGACAGCAGACGAGGCGCUCAGAGAUUCUCCCUCGAAUGCGCGCAGACGACGUCGCAGAUCGUCCCCAAAGACUGAUGGAGAGGAACUGGCAAGACGCUCGCCGGAACCACGCACACACUCGCCAGAACCACGCAAGCCAUCCCCACAGCCAGGCCGAAGAUCCCCACAGUCAGGCAGACGAUCCCCACAACAAGGCAGGCGGUCCCCACAGCCAUUCAAACACUCGCCAGUACCAGCCAGACGGUCACCGGAACCCGCCAAGCUCGCGACACCGCCCAGCAAGCCGGUUGGAAGUCGACUGGAGGCCUGGCUGAGCGGCACGUCUGAUCCCUUCUCUGACAGCGAUUCGCAUCGCAGGAUCAGAUCGAAAGACUCAACAUCGACCAUAGAGAUACCGCCCAAAAACCCGGCAGGCCCCCCUCGCAGACGAAGAUCCAAAGAAUCAGUCUCGACGGUAGAGCCGCCCCCCAAGGAAGACGCAUCAGAAGUCACUGUCUCGACCGAAGUGACAAAUGAGACCGAGGAAGACGUGCAACCACCCACCAGGCACAGCAGUGGGAGCAGCGGCAAGCGGCGCCGACGACGACGACGCAGCCGCGAGAUCAAGGUGGAGACACCCAUUGUAGAUGAUGCAUCUACUGUCAUGUCAGACGACACAGCCGAGACACCUGCGCCAGAAGCACCAACUGAAGUGUCACUCUCGCCCACGCCCACUCUAAAGCGCCGUGGCGCCAGACGCAGCCGUAGUCAACAUUCCAUCAAGAGCCGCUCCAUGUCCUCACCACUGCGCGAAACUACAUCAGUGGACGAGGCGUUCGAUGAAGGCCUGAGAGAAGCAGGUGCCGCCUCGCCUGCACCCUCUUCGUCGGUAGAUGCGUCAGCAAUAGACAUCGAGAACAUUGCCCUGCGACCACGUCCACUCGACGUGAAGCGGUUCUUCCCCACUGGUGGCAAGCGCCUUUCCACAAUUGCUUCCGUUGAAUCAUUCGCCGCAUCGCAGAGGGCGCCUCCUUCAGAAGCCGUGGGCUCGGAGGCGCCUUACUCCGUCUCCAAUUUCAGCGAAAUUCUCUCGCAGGUAGCUGCCUCACAACUCAAAGCGUCUAUGAAUCCAGAAACAUCCACUCUUCUGAGCCGCAAGAGCACGAGACGCAACAGACUUGCCAGCCAUGCCGACUUGAUAUCGGUGUUGUCCAUGCCCAAGACUGGCGCAAAGAGUAUCGUGUCCGCUCGCAGCAUCCGUACCAACAGGAGCCGCAUGGCUACAGCCACCAUUCCCGACAUCAUGAGGGAACUUACAUCCGAUGAGGGCAAGUACAUGAGAGAGCUUCGCACCAUUGUUGAUGGCGUCAUUCCCGUUCUCCUCAGCUGCGUUCUCUCCAAAUCCGAUUCUGCCGUCGCCGCCGGGUUGUUCUCUCGUUCAGCUAAUACCGACCCGAACGACGUUACAAAGCCCAUCAUCGAAAUGGGUGUUUGCCUAGAACGCAUGAAGACGCUGCACAAGCGCAUCCCUACAGAUGAUCCGGAUGCUUUCGUGGACUGGGCCCAGAGCGCACAAGACGCCUACGCCGCGUACAUUUCCUCCUGGCGUCUCGGCUUUCAAGACGUCGUCGUCAGCCUCGCCCCCGCAGACGACGAUCCAUUCAAGCCAGCAAAGAUUGUGAACGGCCCUGAGGAUGGUGCUCCUUGGGACGAAGGCAUGCCGCGCAAUGCCGAAGGUUACGUUGUGAACGGCGAUGGGGAGCGUGUUGAUGUUGCAUACAUACUCAAGCGGCCGCUCGUGCGGUUGAAGUAUUUGUCAAAGAGCUUGAAGAGUAUCAACCACGUAAGACCAUCAGAACGUGCAGAGAAAAUUGCGAGUAUUUUCCAAGAACUUGUCACCGCCGCACGCAGACGCUCCAACGACGAAUACGCCCGACUUGAAGAUGAGGCUGCCGCCAAUAUCGACCCCACACGCACCCGUGAUCCACGAAGCCUGGCCCCCCUCGCAGGCGUACGUGUUGAGCCCGCCCGUUGCGUACGAGCCAGAGACCACUUCGAUAUGCACCUGUACCAUUCCAGUGGUCAGGAGAUCAGCUGCCGCGUUGAGAUUUUACUCCGCGACAACACGCCGGGCACCGGCAAGGGAGGCGAUCUACUUUUCUGCGAAGUCGACCCAGCUGGACGUUGGCUUCUACUCCCACCCGUCCAACAAAACCGUGUCUCUGCUCGGAACGGCGACAUGAAGGGCGAGAUAGUCGUCAUGAUCCGUGGCCACCAAGCAGAUGGGUCCGAAUGGAGCGAGGUGAUGUCGCUCACAAUCGACGACGAGCAAGCUGGCUUCGAGUGGGUACAAAUGUUAGGCCUCAACCCCAUACCGCCACCGCUCUCCGAUGUUAGACGAACACAUGUUCCCGGCCACGAUGCGUCCGCUGCUUUCAUCACGGCAUCACCAAGAUCGACCUCCCCACACCAAAGCCGCACGCCGAGCCCCCACGAAAUCGAUAUACCCAUUGGAGAACAGCACACGGAAGUCUCCAAGGUGUGGCGCUCCAACACGCCUGACAGACGUCAGCAGUCACGUACUGUGUCCCCCACUACUCCACCCGGUGUAGACACUUCUCUAGAUAGCGGGACAUACGACACAAGUGCAACCACGCCUGGCGAAGAUGGUCGAUCCACAAGCCCAUGGGAUGACGACCCCGACCGAACACCUCGCAGUCUCAAUGAAGCCUUACGCAUUGCCGACAAUGGAUCGCCUACUGGUUUGAGGCGUACCAAGGCUACGAGACUGUCAAGACACGGAACAUCAUCGCCGGUUUCAUCAAAGUCCUCGCGUCAGAUCACUCUCGAUGAUCCGCAAGAGUUUGUUGAGGAGCCAAUGUCUAUCGAAGAAGAGGUCAAGCCACGCAGAAAAUCGACCAAGCGCCGACCUCAAUCGCUCCCAUCUGGAGGAUCAUCAACUGUAUCGCAGUCUAACAAGAAAUACAGCGUCUGGAUGCCAGAAUCUGACGUUGGGGACUCGGAUGAGUCGGAAGAAGACACACAGUCUGUUGGAGACCAAACACUCUCACCGCCGGGCUCUCCUCCGUUACUCGCACGUCCAAGUAUGCACAGACGAGUCUCUUCAGUACCUUCGCUCGAGUUGCCAAGUAUUCCCAGGCAGAGAAAGUCGAGCCGACCUUCGUCUCCAGUUGAUGAGCCUGAACCGGAACCGGAACGAAUCCUUGAGCCAGCAUUCACAACUCCCAAAUCCAAGAAGAAGUCCAAGCUGGCCAACGAGAUACUGCAAGACGAGGAAGAUGAUGGCCCACCGCCCGUGCCAGUUCAUCGAUCACCCAGUCCCGCUACGCCCGUGACACUGAAGGGAACCAAGACCCCCGUAUUGACGCCAGCGUUACCCGCUUUCAAGAACAAACGGCGCUCCUCAUCUCCAUUGAAGCAUGAGUAUGAGCCCUCCACUUGCACUGAGUCGUCGAGCGAGAGUGAAGAGGAAGUUGUAUCUGAGGUGGACGCGUCUGAAGAAGAUGAAGAGAGCCUGACGUCGGAGUCGUCAGAUGAUGAGCUCGAAGACGACGUCCCCAUGCCAUUGAUGCCUUCCGGCUACCCUGGACUUCAUGGAUAUGUUUCACGGCCAUGCCCUCCAAAUCGACGAACAACCACAUUCGACGAGCCAGAGCCUAAGCCGUUCGCCAAAGUCUCGCCACCUUCGUCAAUCAAUAACACGCCAGCCGACACAAUCACACCAUCUCAGUCCGCAUCCAACACACCUUACCGAUCCGUUCCGCACGACUCUGGCAAAGCGACCAAGUCAGUGGGGUCAAUUUUCACCUGGUCGGACGAAGGCAGAUGGGACAGCUUGCACCCUGAUGAGUGCAACAUUGUCGUUACACCAGGCAAGGUCGAAGUGUUCGAACUCAAGUCCGACGGUCACGAGACAGGACGUGCUCCCCUAAUUGCGGUUGAGCUUACCCCUCUUGUGCCGUUGCGCAAAUCAACAGCGAUUGACAUCUCCAUCCGCUCCCCACCGACCUCCGACUCCCGCAUCCAAACCGGAAACAACAUCAUGUUGAGGAGUCGCAACGCCACGGAAUGCACGCAGCUCUACGCCCUGAUCAACCAAGCCCGCAUCAACAACCCCACAUAUCUAGCCCUCCAGAACGCACGCGGCCCAUACGGCCAAACAAGCUGGGCCGAAGCCAUGGACCGCCAAAACGCCGCGCGCACAAAUCCCAGCACCUCCUCCGGCUGGCUCAACAACACCCUCGGGCGGCGCAACAGCUACCGCAAAACCACCACCCGCGCAGCCUCCAUCUCCGCCGCCACCGAGUCCUCCGUCGGGACUAUGAACACCGCGCUCCGCUCCGCCCUCGGCCGCUUCUCCUUCGGCAAAAACGGCAUGUUCAGCGUCCGCAACUCCACCCUCGGCUCCCGCAGCUCAGGCUCCUUCGACAGCGCCGAGCGCCCCGGCUCAGGCGCCAGCACACCACCCGGCUCCACCGGCGCCCCCGCAGGCAUCACAAACACAAAGUGCCGCCUCUACGAACGCGAAUCCCUCAAGAAAUGGCGCGAUAUGGGUUCCGCGAGACUUACUAUCAUGCUCCCCUCGCCCCACCCCAGCGUGCCCUCCUCCCCUAACUCACUCCAGCGCGCGCCUGGUACGAGAGACCACACACAAGAGCGCCGCAUCCUGGUCACGGGUAAAAUGAAGGGCGAGGUGCUGCUCGACGUCACGCUGAGUGAGACGUGCUUUGAGCGCGUGGCGCGCAGUGGGAUUGCGGUGAGUGUUUGGGAGGAUACGGUGGGUGAUGAUGGAGAGGUUGGGAGAGUUGGUAAGACGGGCGGGGUUAGUGGGGCGAGAGCACGCGUUUAUAUGAUUCAGAUGAAGAGUGAGAGGGAGUGUGCGCAUUGCUUUGGGUUGUUGGGGAGGUUGAGGUAUUAGGAUCUGUGCUUUUUUUGGGAAGGGCGUUUGGGGGGGCGGGAUACCAUACCAUACCAAAUCUUGGUUUUCUGCAGGACCGCGUCUGGUCGUGCGUUUUCUUUCCUUUCUUGUCUUUUCUUCUCUGCUCUGCUCUUUUCUUUAUGUUGGGUGGAGUGGUGUGUAUGUACACUGCUUGCUUGGCUGGGUGUGGCUACACUGUUACCUCUUCCGGCACACCAAGAUAGCGUCCAGCGGGAUAGAAAACAAAGGACCGUAUAUAUAGUAAUAAUAUUCUGUAC